GGGCCGGGGCCGGGGCCGGGGCCGGGGCCGGGGCCGGGGCCGGGGCCGGGGCCGGGGCCGGGGCGGCUCCGCGCUGCCUCCCGCUGUUGAAGCCCCUCCUGCGUGGGGGCCACAGCGCUGCACCUCAGCGGCCAGCUGCUCCGCUGCGCCCUCAGGACAACCCGUGCUGCAGAUCAGCGACAUCUCCGUGCACACAACGUACCUGCUGCUUGUAGCCUCGGGACGAGGCCGGCUCUGUUUCUUACCGCUUUCUCCGCUGACCAGGUGGACAAGGAAGUGCAGAGCCAGCUGCUGUUAUCUGACUUGCUUCGAUGCGUUUCUGGCAUGAGCAUCGCACCUAUUACACUAGGUGCUGUACAAACAGAGAGGAGGAAUUGCUGCCUCUUGUUACCCCCAGUAAUUCUGUGACAUGGUGCAAGUCAAAGCCAUUUGUGUUCGAACCUUGCAGUGUCACGGUGUGUUAGUGUCUGAGGGUUUUGAACAGCUGGAUCUUUCCCAGUCCCUGCAAAGAAUUUCCACAUUAUCAGCACCUCCUUCAGAGACGGUGAAGCUGAGACGCAGGGGGUAAGUGACACCCAGUGGCACACUAGCAUAUCGCUGGAACGGCUGUGAGCUGCCCUUUCCAAAUGACUGUGCAGCUUUACUGUUUUUUUGUCUAUAUGUGAAGCCCGAGUCUGGUUUGGGAGCCUGAAAAAGGUUCAAAUUCUCGUUCUUCUUACAAAGUACCAAAAUUUUAUACUGACUGACUUGGCUUUGUGGUGCUUGCUAUAGCAGGUAAGGUUAGUCUCUUCUGAGCAGGUUACAACCAGAAACACCAUUUUUCUAUAAGGACACUGCCUCCCUCAGAAUUGUGCUGCUUGGAAAUGCCUAACCUCAAACGUUACCAUCAAUACCCACAAGUCCUUUGCGAGAGCAGAGGAAAACAUGGUUCCUCUCUCCGAUCAGAGUGUUUAUCCCAUGCUUGGACCAGCACGUGGCCAUUCGUGUUCCUGCUGUGCUUUUUUGCGUUGUAGGGCGUGUGGCUCCUGUGAUGCAGGAAGGAAAACUAGCUCUUUUCAAAUGACCCCGUGUGCCUGCAAAGUUACUGCUACCGCCAGAAGCGGGUGUCCAGGUGGCCUGCAAGUCCGCUCCGCCCGAAUGGUUGAGUUAGGCUCAGGCCGCCUUAUCUGUUAAAGGCAGCCCCAAGGCUAUGCUCAACCUGUGAUACUCUGCUAUGUGGAGCCACAGGCUGCCUGCAAAUCCACAGCGAGGAGAGAAGACCUUAAGCACCUCUUUAACUUAGUGCAGCAUUUGAACGCUAUGGCCCUGCCGAAAUAUUCCUGCUGAACUGAAAACCUGUGUCCUAAUGCUGGCAGCAGCCAUUACUGUUCCUACCUUCUAGGACGCGAUUUUUCUUCUGAACAGUUGGAGAAGUCUGGCCUGUUCCCAGCACAGAUUCAUAGGGAAUGGAGAGAAUGGCAAACCGCAGAGGUCCACGGCAUCUCCUCAGGACCAGGCUGAGCACUCGGACAAAGCCGGAGACAGGUCGGCGCAAGCCCAUAGCAGCUCCCAGGACCCUGAGGAAACAGUGAUCACAAAGACUGGCUUGACUGUUUUGCAGCUAUGCAGAAAUCUUACAUGUUUGUUUAUCCUGGAGAAGGUUCAUAAGUGACUCUGGCACACAAUUGCUUUCUUUUGGAAACUCAUCUUCUACAUUGAAAAUCUAGAACUAUGGUCAAAGACUUCCCCAGCUUCAGGAGUCCCAGCUGAGCUCUCAUGAAGGCUUCUGAUCCAGCUGAGCCAAGAGCUUUGUGUGGGCACAGCAAGUGAGUCAACAAAUGGUCUCUGUGAGUUGCAAAGAGCUGCUGCCCUCUUCAGAUUCCUUGAUCAGCUUGGCCAGUUCCCCACUGCUAGAGAGCUUUGCCAGUGCUCUGCAGAGCAGCAUGCCACCAUCCCUUCUGCCGGGGCCCGGCAGCGAGAGGGCCUCCAGCCACCCGGAAGGCUCUGGCCAUCUCCUUCCAGGCAGCAUCAGCCACUCUGAAGACACCUCUCUCCCCCUGUCCCAGGCAAAGGGGGAGGAUGCAAAACCCCAAAUUGCUGUCUGUGAGUGUCACCUCAAGCUGCCUGACUUCUGCAGCAAUCUUUCCCAGGACUUUAUUCCCACCCUGGAAGAGAUUGAGGAGUUCCUGAGGGAGAAGGCUGAGUUCUUCAAAGAUGAAGCAAAAGAGCUUCUCUCACCUGGAGAGAAGCUUGAGAUCAAAUCCAAGAUCAGCUUGGGCACUUCUGGGGAGCAACCUGAGUCCAAUACAAUUCAGGAAGGAGAUGUGUUGAACGCUCUGGUGCCUGGAGGGACAGCUGAUAGUCGUGGCCAAGCAGCAGCUGCUGAGAGCAUUCCUGUUGUCCUCCAAAUCCAGCCGCUCCAGAUGGACAGUGGGAGCCCGCUCGCACAAAGUGCUAUGGGUAGUGUCAGAGUGGCCCAGUUGGUUAUCAGCUUGCCGGGCCAAAGCCUGGCCCUCCUUCCUCAGGUCCAGCCGCCUGUGCCCAUCUUGGACCAAAAGUAUGUCAAAAUUGCCCCCCUGCCAGCUGCCCUGCAGCCAGGGACUCUGGGGGAUGUGCAGGAGGCGGAGGCAACCCCCAAGUUUCAGAAAGCCUCCCCUUCCCUCGUCCGUGUCCACAAGUGCACGCACCCGGGCUGUGGCAAGAUGUACACCAAGAGUUCCCACCUCAAGGCUCACAUCCGGCGGCACACCGGGGAGAAACCCUACACUUGUGCUUGGCCCAACUGUGGCUGGCGGUUUUCCCGAUCAGAUGAGCUCUCCCGUCACAAGCGCUCCCACUCUGGCGUCAAGCCUUACCAGUGUGCCACCUGCGAGAAGAAGUUUGCCCGCAGCGACCACUUAGCCAAACACAUGAAGAUCCACCGUGGCCAGCAGCGCAGCCAGUGGACAGUUUGGGGUGGCAGCAGGAGUUAAGCCUUGUUGUUCAUCCUUCCUUGUAAGGCUGAGUCCAGGAGGCCUGGGAGCCAGGCAAAGAGAAUGCCAGAAACACCGGUCUUAUGGAGGGGGGAAAGGGCUUUCUUUUCUUUUAACAGAUAUAGAAGACCCAGAGUUUUACCUCUGUCCAAGGAUGACUUCAAUUUGGGGCUUGUGGUACUGGGACUACUGUGCCUCUUCUAAGUGUAUGUGAUGGAAAUCCAAGUUAAUCAGGAUGCAUGCGUGUGUGUGUGUGUGUAGGGAAAUUGGGGUCGGCGCAGAGGAUGGCUUCACGAGGUCCCUCUGCACAGGAUCUGCCUCCUGCAGCGUGACAGGCCAGAACUGGCUUACAGCUCUGCAUCCCCACUGCUGGGCCUCCCCAGGCUGCCCCAGCCACGAUCCGCACCACCGUCCCAGAGCCCCUGGCCCGCAGCAUUGCUGGGGCGGCUAGAAAGGAUUCCUCCUAGCUGGGCUCACCGAGAAGCCUGUGUACGUGAGCCUGUCUGGCAGGUUGGCGUGCCCGGGUGGGCAGGACUGUGCAUGGCCAGGGUGGGGGUGUGGUGGGAGGCGGUUGGGUGCACUGAAGGCAGACAUUGGCGAUGGCUUUUUCGGUGUGGUCUGCAUGCUGGCUGUGUCGUCCCUAACUCUGCUUUUUUCGGUAUCGGUGUUUUUUCACCUCACGAGCACGUGGUGCACCGGAGCCCUUGGAAAGUGUGACAUUGCAAUAAACAUUACAGCCACUGUGUGA